AUGGCUGUCCGACCAGAUGAUCCCAAAUUUGAAGAAACUCUGUUACGAUGGAAUGAAGAACUCGACAAUGAACCUGAUUCAGAUAAUGACGGCACUGACUAUGACGACCAUGUUUCAAUUCAGUCCGACAGGGAGAGCACCUACUCAACGGAUGAUAGUGAAGUAGAGAGUGACAGAACAACAACUUCCUGGCAAAGUAAUAAAAGGAAAAAAUGGACAUAUUUGGAGCACUGA